AAGCUAUUGCGUUCCGCACGGCUGGUGCGAUCGCGAGCCUGACAGGCAGUGGUCAGACAGCAGAGGCCGCGUAGAGUAUCGAUCAGCGCUGCGACACUGGGCAGAAGAAGCUGCCUGACAACUCAGCAGGGGGUCGGCUUCUUCCGACUCGGCCGACUCCACACCAAAGCGCCUUUCUCGCCCGUAAGAGUCAAGCAAAGUCACAGGAUACAUCUCCAGAUUGCACGCUACACACGCUAGGCUAGAUUGCUGAUCACGCAUUGGGCAUCGUCACCGGUCAAAGCGUCCAGCUGCGGAAAAGGGUCAGAGCGAGCGUGGACCAACAUGGCAAUCCCUGCCGCUGCAAACGGAUUGACCUCGCCUGUCCGUGGUUCAGCGCUCCCGAGACCUGUGUCAAUCAUGUCAGCUUCGAGCGCCUCGUCUAGCGGACUCGUGCAAGCGGCAACCACCUUGACAAGCCCGAGCAUGUCGACCACCUCCACCUUUGCGACUGCAGGCGCAGAGACUCCUUUGAAUAGCACGCGAGCCUCCUCGCCUUCUGCUUUGCUACCCUCGCCAGCGCUCAAGAGCGGUUCUGCGGCACCGUCUAUGGCUCGUGCCAUGACCUCUGCAGGAGGCACGUCUGUUCAGGUCAUCUUGCGAGUGAGACCUGCCAUCGUCGAGAGUGCCAACUUUGCGCACACGCCGUCAAGGCAGGAUCGCGUCGUCGUCUACCCUCUACCGGGCGCGACAUCUCUCACCGUCGAUGCCACACCUGUCAGCGCGACGUCCGCAGUGACCAGCUCGCCUUUGAGUUCUGCGCGAUCCAGCGGUCUCACAAGCGCUGCUGGACCGCCCAAACAAUCUUUCACUUUCGAUCGCGUCUUGGGACCCGAGUCAAGUCAGACGGACGUCUUUGCGACCUUUGAGCAUCUCAUCGACUUUUUCCUACAAGGCUACAACGUGACCGUGCUUGCCUACGGCCAGACAGCGUCUGGCAAGAGUUUCACAAUGGGCACAGAGGACAAGCCAAUGUCCGAGCUCGUGUCAGAUCAUGCUGGCCUUGGUCUCGUACCUCGCGCCGUGAGAGCCAUCUUUGACCGUAUUGCCGAGCUGCGCGCGACCACAAGACCCAAGGAUAGCUUCCAGAUCAAGAACAGCUAUAUCGAACUCUACAACGAGGACAUGAUCGACUUGUUGAGCGGGGACAUACCGGCAAGCGAGAGGCAGCCUGUCACGAUCCGCGAGGAGAAAGGCGGUGGCAUCAAGUGGACUGGUCUGCGAGAGUUGCGAGUCAACAACGUCCUCGAUGUCAUGUCAAACCUCGAAAGAGGAUCAGCGAUCAGACAGACCGGCGCGACCCAGCUCAACUCGCAGUCGAGUCGAUCGCAUGCUAUCUUCAGCUUGACGCUGACCCAACGCAAAUGGGUUCCGAACGAGUCGAGUCGCAAUGAGGCCACUGACAGUCCCACGCGACCCAGCAGCCGAACUUCCCAUGCCAGCAGCUCCAAUCGAGGUCUGAGGAGCGGCUCGAUGACACGAGCGUCAUUGAUCGACGACGAGGACGAAGGCGAACAAGAGGCGGGGGGCUCCUAUGUCGUCGUAACAUCGAAGCUCCACUUUGCCGAUCUGGCCGGCAGCGAGCGUCUGAAGAACACUGCAGCAACAGGCGAUCGUGCGAAAGAAGGCAUCUCAAUCAACUCGGGCCUUCAUGCUCUUGGCAAUGUGAUCUCUGCGCUCGGUGAUCCAGCAAAAGCACGACAGAUAACACAUGUGCCAUACCGCGAUUCCAAGCUUACAAGGCUCUUGCAAGACUCGCUCGGCGGCAAUGCGCACACAAUGAUGAUAGCCUGCAUAAGCGGCACAGAACGCAAUCUGCCCGAAUCACUGAAUACCCUCAAGUAUGCGAACAGAGCCCGAAACAUCAAGAAUAAAGCAGAACUGAACGAAAUUGAGGAAGGCUGGGAGGAUGUCGAAUGGCUCCAAAAGACUGUCCGCAGGUUACGCGCCGACCUGGCGGACCUCAAGAGCGGCAGACCGCUGAGCUCUGGCAGUGCGUUUGACGCCCUGCCUACGCGAGAGAUGCCUGAUCCAGCAAUGCGAGCGCUACAACAAGAAGUGGAGAUGCUUUCUCAAAAAUACGCCAAGGCCACGUCAGAUCUGGCCCAGCAGCAAAAUGCCCCCCAACAAACGCCGGACUUGCUCAGCAGCGCAUUUUCGGAUUCGAUUGCGCCCAUCGUCGACGAGUUCGAACGCGCACUGUCCACCACAGAAGCACAGCUAGCUGCCGUUCGUGCGCAGCUUGCCGCUGCGGAGAGUCAGCUGAAAGAGCAGCGCGCGCUCAACGCGUCACAAGCCAGCCGGAUUGAUGCAAGCGAGGCCGCGACGGAGGCUGUUCGCACACGACUGGCGAAGCUCAUCGAGCGAGAAGCCGUUACAGAAGCCUACGUGCAAGAUUUAGAGGGCAAGCUCAAGGAUAUCUCUGAUAGGACCGAUACAGACUCUUCUGUGGUCGUUGGCCUACGCAACGAGCUCGCCGGUCAUCGUGAGAGUCAAAUGACAACCGAGAAGUAUAUCAACGAGCUAGAGACACGCUUGACGAAAUCUGGACAAUCUAACGAGGGCCUCCUUAAGCGCAUCGAAGAGCUCGAAGCUAGUCUAGAGGAGCGCGUUGCAAGCUAUCGCCUUCUAGAACACCGCUUGUCCGGACAGCAACCAUCUCAACAGGUUCAGGCGCUCACGAAAGAACUCGAAUCAAAGAAUGCUCUGCUGCUUGUGAUGCAAAGCAACGUGGCAAGGUCACUGCCAGCUCCCAAUACGCCCACUGCUGCUCGCGACCUCCCUGACAGUCCUGCCACGCCUAUACAAGGGACUAGCGUGUCACAUGAUGGCUUGUCAGCUCUGACGGGCGCUCGUCCUGCGACGCCUGACAAUCUGUCAACUUCGCCGAGCGCUCGCGAUGGGGCCAGCUCGCCACAUCGUCUGGGAUCGCUCUCUCGGCAAUCACGCCGUAGUUCUUCCACGGCCUCUGCAAGCCCUCAGCGGCCUUUUUUAUCCAAUCGACCGAGCGGGUCCUCUCUUCGCGAUACGGCUACAUCGCAGCCUUUGUCGCUGGAAUUAUCAUCGGCGCAGCAUUCGCGCUCACUGCUGUCACCCGAUCGCUCGGUCUCCCCAGCGCUUCCACCUCGAACUCCGCCGCCGCGGAGCCCAGCGCGACAGCGCUCCUUCGGCAAGAUGAACUCUGAUACUGACGAAAUUCAGCGGCUUCAGGGUAUCAUCAGAGCACGAGACGUGGACAUCCAAUCGAUGGACAGACAGAUCCAAGCUUUGCGCACUCGGCAUCGUCGUUCGGAUUCGUCGUCGGCAUCGGACGCUGCAGAGACGCUGCCCGUCUCGGCAAGCACUACGCCAGAGCCAGGCGAAGAAUCUCAAACCCUUUCGCCUGGAUUCACUCGGCAGAUCGAAGCCUUCAAGCUACAGCCGCCUGCUACAGAGAGCGCAGAAGCCCACGCAGCUCGCCUGGACGACGUCAUGCGAUCAAUGGCCCGGAAGGAAGCAAAUCAUCGCGAUACCGUCGAAGAGCUUACUCGCCAGUUGCACGUCGCGCAGCGUUCUCUGGUGGAAGCCGAGACGCUCAGACAAUCUGCUGAACAAAACUUCGCGGGUGAAUUUAAAGGCCAUUCUGAUCGCCUUGUGGAGUCAACAAGCCGCGCUGCGACACUCGAGCAGAGCCUAGACCAGCAACGUAGCGAGCAUGCAGCGGAGCGUGACGAACUUACUAAGACACAUUCUGAUUCUAUCGUCGCUCUCACUCAACAGCAUCAGCAGUCACACGCGACCCUAGUGGCUGAGCACGAACAGCGCCUGACCGACCUGACCCUCACACAUGACCGAGCAUUGCACGCUACUCGCAAGGAGCACGAACAGAUACUCUCGGAUGCGGCAACUACUCAUGACCAGCGUUUAGCGGCUGCACUCGCAGAACGAACCAUGACUUUGAAAGCGGAUCAUGCUCGUCAGAUUUCAGAGAUGAACGCAGCUCACGAUCAAGCAAGAUCACAGCAGGCCGCUCAGCACGAUAGUGCCCUUGCAGCUCGGCACGAAGCAACAGAGGCAAAGGUUGUCGCACUACAGACCACGCAUGAAACGGCGAUUAGCGACAUGAAGCGCGAGCAUGCUGCUGUUCUCGAGAGUCAAGCCAAUGCCCACGCCGCUGCUCUGCAGGAGUAUGCAAUCGGUCUCGAAAAGGCGCAUGCGCUGGCUCAACAGCAUGAAGAGACGGCACGGGUGGCUCAGAACGCUGAGCAGGACCUCCAGAGUCAGAUGAAGACGAUAUCGGAGCAGAAUAGUCAGCUCUCUGUCGAGCUGGAAAACAGUGGGGAAGAGCUCCGCCAGCUACGCGCGGACUUUGCAAGGCUAUCAUCCGAUCGCGAGUCACUGGCAGUGGCAAGUAUUCGCUCUCAUGGCAGCGUCAAAUCGAUGCGUAGAAGAUCUGGUCUGAACGGUCUAGGUCUGGGCGAAUCACCCGAUCCUUUGACCAGUCCAAUUCGCGUUCGUGCAGGGAGCAACCAUGACGCGCCAUGGGGAGAGGCGCCCACGAGCCCGCUCCCUGCAACUCCGGAUGAGACAAAAGUACAGAUGCGUGCUGCUGCACUUUCAGCGCUCACUUCGUCUCCUUCGGAAUCGCCACGCUCACAAACACCGGUCAAUGCAGCUCUGUCAAUCUUCCUGACCGGCAAGCCGCCAGCACCGCCGCCCAUGCAAGCUUUGCCGCCGACGCCUGCUCAGGCUCCCCUGCCUUCAGUCAUGGAGAACGGCAGAGCGCUGCAAUCUGGCAUAAGCACGCCGCCUCCCUCCGACCGCAGACGAGUGACAUCAAGCACGAUGUACACGCCUGGCGGUCGAAGAACAUCGUACAUGGAAGGACCGAUGAGUAUCGAGGAUGACAUGCUCGAGUCUGCCCUCAAUCAGCGCAUCGAGACGCUUGAGACUCAGAUCCUUGGACUCAAUAAGCAGCUCACACAUUGCGAGGCAGAUUUGAGCGCUAAUAUCGACCUCGUCAACACAUUGGAGAGCUCCUUGGACGAUUCAGACCGAAAUCUCCGAAAGGCCCGACUCCAGAUGAGCGAGCUUGCCAAGGAUCGGGAUCGACAUCUGUCGCGUUCUGAGAAGCUCGGCCUUGAGCUCGCUCAGGCGACUCAGGAGAUCGAUCGGCUACACAAUAAUCUGGCUGCUCUCAAGGACGAAGCGGAGACAUCUGCAGCACAGGAACGACAGGCAAAGAUCGAAGCGAAGCAACAGCUUCAAAGUCGCUUAGAAUCCAUCAAACAUAAGAAGAGCAAAUUCAAUUGUUUCUGAUAGAUACUGUUGUCCGGUUUGUAUUAUGUAGGCUGACUGCGUCCCAUGUGAGCAGGGUGG